GGAUUUAUGAAAACUAAAAUAACAUUUUUUGUUUGGCAGCGAAUGUCAUUAUUUCAACAGUAUGAGGGCGCCCUUCACUGUCUACCGGCUGGUCUGCAGUCUGUUUCUGUACAGUGGGUUUAACCGGAAGUCGAGUCCCUCCGUAGAUCAUCUCCGACGUUGGCUUUGAGCGACGCGAAGAAGUAGAAAAACUUAUUCUGCGGGCACAACUUCAGGCUUUGUGAACGAAAACCUUAAAAGAUGUCUUCAGGCGCUCUCUUCCCCAGCAUGGUCAGCGGCUCCAGAGCAAGCUCCAGCAAGUACCUGGUGGAGUUUCGAGCAGGUAAAAUGAACCUGAAGGGCAACACAGUGACCCCGGACAAACGGAAAGGGCUGGUCUACAUUCAGCAGUCCGAUGACUCCCUGAUCCACUUCUGCUGGAAGGAUCGGACCACGGGGAACGUCGAUGAUGACCUGAUCAUCUUCCCUGACGACUGUGAGUUUAAAAGGGUGACGCAGUGCACCACUGGACGUGUCUACGUCCUGAAGUUCAAGGCCGGGUCCAAGCGGCUCUUCUUCUGGAUGCAGGAGCCAAAGACCGACAAAGAUGACGAGUACUGCCGGAAGGUCAACGAGUACCUGAACAACCCCCCCAUACCCGGAGCAUCUGGCAGCGGCGGCGGUGGCCACGAGUUGUCAGCACUGGGAGGAGAGGGUGGCCUGCAGAACCUGCUGGGAAACAUGAGCCACAACCAGCUGAUGCAGCUGAUGGGACCCACGGGGCUCGGAGGUCUCGGAGGCCUGGGAGCUCUAGCAGGACCGGGACUCGCCAACCUGCUGGGGGGUGGAGGACCUGCGACCAGCAGCUCCUCAUCCAGUUCUCGAAGCCAAUCAGCUACAGUGACUCCUUCUCCAGGCGGAGCUCCCAGAAUGAGCUCCUCCCAGGCACCUGCUGCCCCCGCCGCUGUUCCCGUCACCUCGGCUCCCUCCUCGACCGCUGCCACGCCCUCCACACCAGCCCCGGCUCAGACUCCCGUGGCCCCGGCCUCCAGCGGAAGCCCCACCCCUCACCAGCCCAUCCAGCUCAGUGAUCUUCAAAGCAUCCUGGCCACCAUGAAUGUGCCGGCAGCGGGGGCUCAGGGCUCAGCGGUGGACCUGGCGAGCGUGUGCACCCCAGAGAUGAUGGCUCCCAUUCUGAGCAACACCGAGGUCCAGCAGAGGCUCCUCCCCUUCCUCCCCAGUGGGGAGAGUCUGCCGCAGAGUGCCGAGGAGAUACAGAACACCCUGAACUCUCCUCAGUUCCAGCAGUCCAUGAGCAUGUUCAGCAGUGCGUUGGCCUCCGGGCAGCUCGGCCCCCUCAUGAGUCAGUUUGGACUGCCGCCCGAUGCCGUGGAUGCAGCCAACCGUGGAGAUGUGGAGGCGUUCGCUCGAGCCAUGCAGGCCAGCAGAGAAGAGUCGAAGGAGAAGAAGGACGAGGAGGACAUGAGUCUAGAUUAG